AUGGGAAAGUCCACUUUACGACGCCGGAAUGGCCAAGAUGCGACAAAUAACGAUAAUGCCGACGCUGGCGACACUCCGAGAGAAGAAAGCCCAACGGCUGAGCCGACCACACACGUUCGAGUUGUUCAACACGCCGUGCCCAGAACCCGAAAACGCCGCAACACCUUCGUUUUCUUCCUUGGUAGUUUGUUUGGAAUUAUAGCCGCCGGGUUUUUCGCUUCCAGCAAUGAUCUUAUCGACCUCCCCGAGUUUACCGACUUGUCCAUGGAUAACUUAAUGGAUGUUCUACCUGCCGGCUUGAUAAAGGACAUGCGCGACCUUGUCCAGGGCGAGCGGGACAUUGCCGAAUCGUACGAGCCAUUCUCUGUUGGCGAAAAGGCUCGAUCCGAAGGUCUAGGAGUUCACCAUCCUAUGAUCAUGAUACCUGGUGUCAUCUCAACUGGACUCGAAUCGUGGGGUACGGCUAAUAUCUCGAAACCCUACUUUAGAAAGCGACUUUGGGGUAGUUGGACAAUGAUGAGGGCUCUGGUCAUGGACAAGGAGGUUUGGAAGAAGCACGUCAUGCUCGACAAGAGGACGGGCCUUGACCCGCCUGACGUAAAGUUGAGGGCUGCCCAAGGGUUCGAUGCGACCGAUUUCUUCAUCACGGGAUAUUGGAUCUGGAGUAAAAUCUUUGAGAAUCUCGCAUCUAUCGGCUACGACCCAACGAACUCGUUCACGGCUGCUUACGAUUGGCGCUUGUCGUAUCCCAACCUUGAGGUACGGGACCGCUACUUCACUCGGCUAAAAUCGCAUAUCGAAAUCGCGGUGGCCACUGAGGACAAAAAAGUCGUCCUCGCAUCACACAGUAUGGGUAGCCAAGUCCUUUACUAUUUUCUCCACUGGGUGCAGUCAGAAAGAGGCGGACGCGGUGGGCCGGAUUGGGUUGAGCGUCACAUUGACGCCUGGAUCAACAUCAGCGGAUGCAUGCUUGGAGCAGUCAAGGAUUUGACCGCUGUGCUCUCCGGCGAGAUGCGUGACACAGCUCAACUGAACCCGUUCGCUAUUUACGGCCUGGAAAAGUUCUUGAGCAAAGAGGAGAGAGCCGAGAUCUUCCGCGGCAUGCCCGGGAUAUCCUCCAUGUUGCCCAUAGGCGGCAACUCUGUAUGGGGUAACUUGACCUGGGCUCCAGACGACUUGCCAGGCCAGGACCGUUCAUACGGAUCUCUGUUGAACUUCAGGGUCGGUUCGAACUGGACAACUCCUGACCGUAAUUUUACCGUCGAGGAAGGCGUGUCCUAUUUGCUUAACACAACGGAGGACUGGUAUCAAGACCAGAUCAAGGGCAGCUAUUCUCGUGGUAUUGCUCAUUCCAUAGAUGAGGUCGAGGCCAAUGAGAAUGACCCCAAGAAGUGGAUCAAUCCUCUCGAGACGCGAUUGCCACUUGCUCCUAGCCUCAAGAUCUACUGCUUUUAUGGUGUUGGAAAACCGACCGAGCGAGGAUAUUUCUACAAGCCACCGGAUCAGCCAUCAUUGACCAACCUCAACAUCACAAUAGACACGGGAUAUACCGAAGGAGACGUGGAUCAUGGUGUUGUCAUGGGCGAGGGAGAUGGUACCGUGAACCUCCUCAGUACAGGUUACAUGUGUAAUCAUGGCUGGAAUAUGAAACGCUACAACCCAGCAGGCGUCAAGGUUACGGUCGUCGAGAUGCCUCACGAGCCGGACCGCUUCAAUCCUCGAGGAGGACCUCGCACGGCCGACCACGUUGACAUCUUGGGGCGAUACAACCUGAACGAGUUGCUGUUACGAGUAGCGAGCGGCAAAGGUGACACGAUUACGAACUAUGUUGUGAGCAACAUCAAAGAAUAUGCAUCCAGGGUUAAGAUUUACGACGAUGAGGAGACUUCAUAG